UCGAGGAAACACAUGCGGUUCAAGGGCACCAUCGGCUCGCCCAAGCAGCUCUCCCAGCUGGUGGCGAUGCUGGGCAAGCUCUCCGACACGUGCGUGGUGCACAUGACCCCCGACACGAUCUCUUUUGGCGUCGCCGCGAGCAGCAACAGCGGUGUGCACGCCUGCGCCGAGCUCUCCACUCACUCUCUCUUCCUCGACUACCGGAUCGAGUCGCGCGCCGAAAACAACCGGAUCUCGUUCUUCGUCAAGAUCGACAACCUCAGCCGCGCACUCAAGUCGAGCUCGGCCAACGCAAACUCAAAGUCAUUGGUCAAGCUGACGAAAAAGAGAGGCGGCGCGCCGACGCUGACGUUCGAGAUCCUGCUGAGCGACUCGGCCGUCCAGGUGCAGCACGACGUGCCGCUCCGGAUCGAGCUUCACGCCUACAAUGAGCCAGUCUACGGGGACAGCGCACCCUCCCUCUCCGUCGUGCUGCCACAGCCAGACAUCCGCGGGCUGCGAAACGUGCUCGAGCGGAUGAAGGCGAGAUACAGCCGAGAUACAGCCGAGAUAUGGCCGAGAUGUAGCCGAGAUCCGCCCACGCCGCCGCCCACGCCGCCGCCCACGCCGCCGCCGUCGCUCGACCGCCUUCCGACCCCCCCCCCCCCCCCUAUCCCCCUAACACUCUUUUCACACAACCGGAACACCCGCUCUGUAGGUGGAUGUGGCCGGGACGGCGGAGGCGCCAACCUCCCCCGGCGGCGGGGACGCGGCGACCGCCUCGCAGCGGCAGCGGCAGCGGCAGCCCCUUGCGGUGGGCGGCGACGGCGCCGAGGAGGUGGCGGAGGCGCGCGUCGAGAUCAAGAAGCUGUACAAGUGCUUGCAGUCGGUGGUGGUGUCGGACAUCAAGCUGCACGGCGGCAUCGUCGCCAUCCUGCCCGACCAGGCCCUCGUGCUCAAGGUCUUCCUGCCGUCCACCGUCGAGAACCACGACUCGCACGUCGUCUUCUACUGCCCGGUGAUCCUGUCUUGAAGCCUCCUCGAGCCGCUGAGCCGAGCGCAUGUGCUGUCUCCACUGCUGCACUUUCUUGUGGCGACGUCUCGGCCCUGUUUGGGUUUGUCAUGUGCCCGAAGUAUAUCUUCGGAAAAUGUGUGCCGUCCCUCUUUUUGUCGCUGUGUGCCGUCCCUCGCUUUGUCGCUGUGUGUGCGCGUGCCUCGCGCAUAUACCAGGCCACACGUGGCGUUUGCGUACUACGUUCUCG